AUGUCGUCCCCGCCCUUGAACGAAAAAUCUGAUGCCGUGGUAGAGCACCCGCACCAACAUAGACCAAAAUUGGACACGGAGACAAGAGCCAUCGCUUAUCAAAUCCCCUGCGCUGGCAUACCUCAUGAUCGUCUUAUGGCGGAUGUCGAAAUUUUUGCCCAGGAGAGAGGGCUGACUCAUUUGCUACCUGAGCUCAAGAAAGGGGCGCUUGUUGCUCAGGAUCCCACUUGUCAUGAUCGUCUCGACGUAUUUACAGAUGAAGACAAACGAAUCCUAACGGAAGAGGUCACACACAGGUGGCGACAAACGCCCACACUAUAUUACCCUGCUGUCCAGGGAAUGGACGAGGCUGUUAUCAAUGGUGCUCAAAUCAUUUAUCCCAGUCAGUUUGGCAUCGGUGAUCCCACUAGCAAACGUGAUUCAUGGUUGGUCGGUCUCGUCAACUCCGCACCCUACCUAUGCUGCGCCACCCUUUCUUGUUGGCUGACCCAUCCACUCAACCACUAUCUCGGGCGUAAAAAGACCAUUUUCGUCACUUGCAUGAUCUCGUUCUUGACAUGUAUCUGGUCUGGGUUGACAAAUACCUGGUGGCAUCUUUUCAUCGCCCGGUUCUUCCUCGGUUUCGGCAUCGGUCCCAAAUCUGCCACAGUCCCAGUUUAUACCGCUGAGUGUUCACCUGCGCCGAUACGCGGUGCUUUGGUCAUGAUGUGGCAGAUGUGGACCGCUUUCGGGAUUGCUCUAGGAGACCUUAUCGACUUGGCAUUCUACUUCAUUCCGGACACCCCCGGUGUGACUGGUUUGAACUGGCGCCUCAUGCUAGGUUCUGCUGGUAUCCCCGGUCUUAUCGUCUGCAUGCAAGUUUUAUUUGCACCUGAGUCGCCUCGUUGGUUGAUCUCCAAGGGUCGCUACGAGGAUGCUUUCAAUGAGCUUUGUCGACUUCGUUUCUCGCGCGUUCAGGCUGCUCGUGAUCUGUAUUAUAUUCACGUGUUGCUGGAGGCGGAGAACGAGAUGAAGAAGGGUCGCAACCGUGUUGUUGAGAUGUUCACGAUUCCGCGUAACAGGCAUGCUGCCCUUGCUAGUUGGGUUGUCAUGUUCGGUCAGCAGUUUUGCGGUGUCAAUGUCAUCGCUUAUUACUCGUCCAACAUUUUCCUGGCUUCUGGUUUCACGCAGGUUGCGGCACUGGCUUCCUCCCUUGGAUUUGGUGCACUUAACUGGCUGUUCGCGAUUCCUGCUGUUUUCACCAUCGACACUUUCGGGCGGAGGAAACUUGCUUUUGUUCACAUUCCCCUGCAUGGCCAUCUGUCUCCUAAUCACCGGUUUCUCCUUCUGGAGUACUUCGGAGACAGGGCGUGUUGCUGGCACCUUUUCGCAAUAUUCUACUCUCCAGGUGAAGGUCCAGUGCCGUUCACCUACUCCGCAGAGGCAUUCCCUCUCUAUAUCCGUGAUGUCGGCAUGUCCUUUGCCACUGCGACCACCUGCCGCAAGGUGCUUUCGGUUGGUAUGCAGCAUGGUGCUGUAUUCUCUGGGUGCUUAUUCUGCUCUUCGUGCGCGAGACGAAAGGCAAGACCCUGGAGGAGCUCGACCAAGUUUUCGCUGUCCCACUUGGCACAGCACGCUGCAUACGGCCUGCGGCAGAUACCCUACGGCUUCAAGAAGUUUGUUUUGUUCCAGAAUCCUGUCCCUGAGCAGCUUUAUCAAUUGGAGAGCGAAAGUGAGGUGUCGAGCGCCGCGGGUGACGAUAAGGCGAAGGCGGAGAUGAAGGACGAUCUGGAGAGGGCGAAUGUCUGA